UCUUUAUUUUCUAAUAAUACAGAGGGGCAUAGAUUUUCCUCCGAAUCCGGCUUGCUUAUGCAAGAGCAACAAUUUGCCUUCAGUUUAGACAUGCUAGCAGAAGCCACAGAAAAUUUUCAUUACAAAAAUAAACUUGGACAGGGAGGUUUUGGUGCGGUCUACAAGGGAAUAACUAGAAAUGGAAAUGAGAUAGCUGUGAAAAAUCUUUCUGCCAAAUCUACACAAGGAAACAGAGAAUUUAUGAAUGAAGUGAAACUGGUGGCUAAUGUUCAACACCGAAACCUUGCAAAGCUGCUAGGAUGUUGUGCGGAGGGAAAUGAAAGGCUGCUUGUUUAUGAGUAUUUUCCUAACAAGAGUUUGGACACAUUCCUCUUUGAUUCAGAAAAGGGUAGAGAGUUGGAUUGGCAAAAGCCUUAUAGCAUCGUAGUUGGAAUUGCACGUGGGCUUCUCUCCCUUCACGAGGAUUCACAGCUGCGAAUUAUUCAUAGAGAUAUAAAAGUAAAUAAUAUUUUACUUGAUCACAAACUCAAUGCAAAGAUAGCUGACUUCGGUUUGGCCAAACCUUUUCCUGAAGAUGAGACACAUAUUCAUACAAGAGUUGCAGGCACAUAUGGUUAGAUGGCUCCAGAGUAUGCAAUGCGAGGGCAGUUGUCAAUUAAAGUAGACGUUUACAGUUUUGGAGUGGUGGUCCUUGAGAUCAUCAGUGGAAGGAAAAACAGUGAUACUGAUCUUCCACAUCAUAUGCAAAACCUGUUAGAAUGGGCAUGGAAAAUAUUCAAUAGAGGAAAUGCGCUGAAUCUGGUAGACUCAAAGGCAUCACAAGUCAGCCAGGAGCAGGCCUUAAGAUGCAUUCAUGUUGGGCUUUUGUGUGUACAGGCUGAUGCAACACUUCGUCCAGCUAUGUCUAAUGUUAUAUUGAUGCUCUCUAGCAAUUCAGUGACUUUACCAAAUCCCUCAAACCCUGCUUUUAUAAGUAAUAGCGAAAGCUACGCAUCAACAUCUAGAUCAAAGUCAAGCUCGGGGUUUGAAGAACAUGAGAGGGGAACAACAUCUCAGACGACAUCAGGGACGACUACCUCAUCUUUCCAACGGAUUCCUUCUAUAAAUGAAACCUCGCUCACUCAAAUGGAAGCAAGGUGAACUAUACAAAUACAACUUCGGAUUCUAUGCUGCUCAUAAUCAACAUAAACUUUACCUGGGUAAUAAUUACACCCAAUCAAUAGUACUCAAUACUAUGGUACUUCUUUGGUAAAGUAUAAU